AUGUCAUCGACCAGAGACUUCGUCAUGGUGUUCAGCGACAAGAAGAUCGAGAAGUUCAAAGCUGCAUGGCCAGAGAAGGAUGUCCUGUUCCACGUCGGAAGAUAUGCAGACGCGCUCAUCAAGUUCCACAGGGAGUUCCCGGCAACGGAUCCGAUUCCUCCUGACAAGCUCGGGACUUGCCAUACAGCGAAUAAUGUAUGGCUUGUGGAAGGCGCAGUCGAGGAAGCCCCGGAUGGUCAUCUCAACCCCAAAGAUGGCAACUACGUUAGAGCAUACAUUGAGAAGAUGAACUGGUUUUUGUUCACCAUGAUUGCUGAGAAUGAGCCACCUUCCGACUUUAUGUUUACGUUUGAAGACCUGGCAACUUGGGAAUGGCAGAAUACCACCGACAAUGCAACGGGAGAGGAGUUGCAUGUACUGUGGGAAGCUUUGAUGAACGACUCGCGGGAUCAUAUUAAGGAGCAGAAUCCUCAGCCACCACAUGGUAGGUCCUGA